AUGGAGGAUCAGUGCCACAUCUUUCCUUUUUUUGCUCCUGAGACUUCGGAGGUGAAUGUGGAAUAUCUAGACCUGAGCAAGGAUGCUGCGACCAUAAGGGGCAUUGCCUGUGUUAAGAAGACACUGAGCCCGUCUGCUAAUGUGUUUCUCGGAGAUGAAGUUGUUAAAGGCCCUUUGUUUUAUUGGGAGCCUGCAGGUCUCGGCUCGGCAUUUGAAAGAGGGCUGAAGCUUGUGGGGACGGGACUAGGGUUCACUGGAAGGGGUGAGGCAAGGGAACCAGCCGGUGAAACGAUUGCAAGGAAGAAGCAUAGGAAAAAUAAACACUAA